CCUCUUGGCCUCACGUCCUCAGGGCCCUGCAGUUCCUCGCUUCCUGCUCGCCUCCAGCGCUCCACCAAACCACCGGUCUCCUCGCCUCUGGCCACGAUCGAGUACUAGCUUCACAGGCGCUGCAAGAUGGAUUCCGUGAGCACCGAGAUCGUGUUCGACGCCGGAUGCUUCCGACUAUACAAGGACGGCCACAUCGACCGUCUGAGCGGUAUGGACACCGUGCCCGCCGGCUUCGACGCCGACACCGGCGUCACCUCCAAAGACGUCGUGAUCGACGCCGCCACCGGCGUUUCCGUCCGCCUCUACCUACCAGCCGUCCGUACCGCUGAAUCCGGAGGCGACAUCAAGGCCACCGCGGCGACGACGAAGCUCCCGAUCGUCGUCGACUUCCACGGCGGCUACUUCAUCGUCGGGUCACCCGGCUAUCCUGGCCACCACCGCUACAUGAACACGCUAGCCGGCAACGCGCGGGUCGUCGCUGUCUCCGUCGACUACCGCCUCGCUCCCGAGCACCCGCUCCCGGCGGCCUACGACGACUCCUGGGCCGCGCUCAGCUGGGCCGUGUCCGGCGCCGCCGAUCCGUGGCUGUCCGAGCACGGCGACCUCGGGCGCGUCUUCCUGGCCGGCUGCAGCGCUGGCGGGAACAUAGCCCACAACAUGGCCAUCGCCGCCGGCCUGACUGGUCUGCGCGUUGAGGGCGUGAUCUUGCUUCACCCUUCGUUCAGCGGCGAAGUGAAAUUGGACGCGGAGGCAGAGGAAUACAGGGUGAGUGUGAAGAAAAGGUGGGCGGCCAUCUUCCCGGGAGCGAGGGGUGGGCUGGACGACCCGAGGAUGAACCCGCUGGCCGCCGGCGCGCCGAGCCUGAGGACGCUGCCGUGCGAGAGGAUGCUGGUCUGCGCGGCGUCGGAGGACCCGCGGCGUCCGAGGAACCGGGCGUACUACGAGGCGGUGAAGUCCAGCGGGUGGGGAGGGGACGUGGAGUGGUUCGAGUCGGAAGGCAAAGGGCACGGCUUCUUCAUCGAGGACCACGGCGGCCGGGAAGCGGUGGAGCUCAUGGCGCGAGUGGUUGGUUUCAUCGCCGGCCAUUAGUAGCAACUGAGCUAAAAAAAAAUAAGAAAAAACUGAGCUCAAAAUCAAGUGAUUAUAACCCCAUCCUUCGUAAGUCAUCUGAGUUGGAAUAAAUGUGAAGUUUUCAUCGUUUAUGAGCAUCAUCUUAAAUAUUCAGUCGGAAUAAAUGUGAAGUUUUCAUCA